AUGAAACGCGACAUCGUCAACCGCUUCAUGAACAAUAUCAAAGAGUUCUCUGAGACUUCCCGAGACCUUGAAUACGAAGACGAACAGGAUGACACGCCUGAGAGCAACGUUACAGACCAACCCGAGUCUACCGAGCAAGAUGUCGAGGAAAGCACUGAAAGUCCUGAAGACGCGGAUGAGCGACAAAGCCAAUCUAGGGAUGGUUCAAAUGGGAAUGUGCAGUCUUCGUCAACAUCAGGUUCCGGGUCGGCGAAUCUGAACGAAAAGGGCGGCAAAAGAUCUUCGAGCUCGAGCGGAAACAAUGAGCGUAAUGGCGAGAAGCGUCGUAGAUCGAAGAAUACGGAUACAAGCGAAAAAGACAGAUCACCCCGGAAGCUUGCAUGUCCAUAUUCGAAGCAUGAAUCUGCCACGCCUUGCACGAAUGUAUCGUGCCUUUUCCCAGGAUUUUCGAAUGUGUCGCGCGUCAAGGAACAUCUCUACCGGGAGCAACAACUCAAGUCCAGAAAGAAAACGAACGAUAGCGAAGAGGAGAAAUGGAGACAAGUUUACCGUAUUUUGUUUGAUGGUGACAUUCCUAAUCCAUACUGCGAUCAAACUUCGCUGAACUUCAAAUUCUUUUCCCGCUUCGAGCUGUACAGCCAUGCUAGGCUACCUACCCUCGUUCAAGCAAAGGUCGAAAGAAUAGUAGACGAAGAAAUCGAGGCUAGAUUGAAGCGCCAGCUCGUUGAGAUUCUCCAAAACUGCUUGAAAGAGCUCUUUGUCUCCUUCAAGAAGUCCGAGCAAGGAAGAGCCAACGAGGAACUUGAGGAGAAUCUUAUGGAUGAAAAAGGAAAAGACACUUCUUAUGAGGAAUCUGAAGCAAACUCAAUCGAAAACCAUACGGAACCAGAAGUGGCCUCAGAGUAUACCCUCGAUGCGUUGAACAUGCCAAGUCUCUUGGAUCUGGAUUUGGAUGAGACGGCCUUUUACUGGCUAUAG